CUUGGAAUGUUGCAGUCAACAUGAAGGCUACGUUACUUUGUUCUGUGUUUAAAAGCUUGUGCAACAACUUUAAAUCUAUGUUCUAAUUCAUUAUAAUAAUGGCAUCACCAACAUUGAUACUCGAUAUGGGUGGUGGAUCACUAAAAAUUGGAUUUUCUACAGAUCCUCAUCCCAAAAUUAUCGAUAAUUCCAUUUUUAAAUCGAAAACGCUUGGUGGUCGUACAUUCGUUGGAAAUGAAAUAGAACAAUGCAAUAAUCUGUCCAGUUUAUUUUGUGUCAUGCCAUUCAAAAAAGGCUAUAUUAACAACUGGGAGGUUCAAUGUCAAAUUUUGGACACAACUCUUAAAAGCAUAGUUAAAACAAACUCUCAAAAUUCUUUAUCCGAUCAUAAUCUAAUUGUUACUGAGCCGUAUUUUAACUUUUCAUCAACUAAAGAAGCUAUGAAUGAAAUCUUUUUUGAAGAUUAUCAAGUGGCUGGUUUGAUUCGCACAAAUCCUGCAUUUUUAAGCGCUUACAAAUAUAGAAGUGAAUCAGCUCAACGUCUUUCAAGAUAUUGUAUAGUUAUUGACUCUGGAUACUCAUUUACGCACAUUGUGCCCAUGGCUGAUGGAUUUGUUAUGAAAGAUUUCGUCAUACGGCUAACAGUAGGUGGGAAAAUUCUUACAAAUCGUUUGAUUGAAGCUGUAUCCUAUAGACAUUUGGAUGUUCGAAGUGAGAUAUAUAUAAUGAAUCAGUGCAAAGAAGAUGUAUGUUAUGUAUCUACUGACUUUUGGCAAGAUAUGAAGAUUUCUCGAUCGAACCAAAAAUCAAACAGCAUUUUAAGAGAAUAUGUACUACCAAACUAUGUCGAUGUACACCGUGGAUAUGUUCGUGAUCCGAAUGCGGUGGCUUCUGAAAAUAGUGGUAACGAUAAAUCAGAACAACGGGCUUCCAAUCUGUCACAGCAAGGAUAUGUAUUACGUUUGAAUAAUGAGCGUUUUACAGUUCCUGAAUUGAUUUUCCAUCCAUCUGAUGUGGGCUAUCAAGAAAUGGGGCUUACAGAAGCUAUCCAUUACCUAAUGAGUGAACGAUUACCGGCUGCAGUAAGGCCAGGAGCUUGGGCAAAUUUUAUGGUUAUGGGUGGUAAUGCGUGUUUUCCAGGAUUUGCUGAACGAUUACAAAAAGAUAUUCGUACUCAAGCACCUGAUGAUCUCCCAGUAAAUGUCUUCAAACCCCCUAAUCCUCAAACCUACGCUUGGGAAGGUGGUGUUUUGUUUUGUCAAAAUUCAGAUUCAUUCAAUCAUUUCUUAGUUACGCGCAAAGAAUAUGAAGAGCAAGGAUCUAGUUAUUGUGAAAAACGAUUCCCUAUUUCUUGAAUUAAUAUUAAUAUUUAUGCUUUUGUACAAUGAGACAAAGAAUAUGUAUAAAUUUAUUCAAUAUAUAUAGGAAUAAUAAUGGUAACAACA